AUGACUAGUUCUACAGAUCUCAUCAAGGAACUGUUAAACUCGGGUCACAGCAACUGGAGUCCGCUGGACAGCCCAGAAUCUUUGAUUCUCGAGAUUGAAAGCGGUAUUAUGAUUCGAGAGGUUCAAGAAGAGAUUGCUUCGCAGAUGCGAGACAGACCAUCCGGAGGAAACGCUGUCAUGCAGUUGAACAUGGGUGAAGGCAAGUCAUCUGUGAUUGUCCCGAUGAUUGCGGCGUGUCUUGCGGAUGGCUACAAACUCGUACGCGUCAUCGUGGCCAAGCCGCAGGCCAAAGAGCUGUCCCGAACCCUGGUCUCAAAACUUGGGGGUCUCUUAAGUCGACGAAUUUAUUACAUACCAUUCAAUCGGUCUCUGAGAUUGACCAGCCAUCAAGUAAGAGAUCUGGCGAAUCUGUACAAGCAGUGUCGGGCGCACGGUGGAGUGGUGCUUUGCCAGCCAGAGCAUCUUCUCUCUUUCAAACUCAUGGCUAUCGAAUACCAAUCUUUGGAAGAUCGCAAAGAUGCGGGCGCGGCGCUGCUAGGCUUGUACCACGAAUUUGAGUCAUGCGCGCGCGAUAUUGUGGACGAGAGCGAUGAAAAUUUCAGUCCCAAAUUUGAGCUUAUAUAUACAAUGGGUGUGCAGCGACCAAUUGAGCUGAGCCCAGAGCGCUGGACCACUUUGCAGAGAGUUCUGCGUAUUGUCACCUCGAUUAUGAUUUCUGUGCAGAAGCAUUCCCCGGAAUCCGUGGAGGUUACUCACAAUGUUGCUGGCCGUUUCCCCAGAAUGCGCAUCUUGCGAGACGAUGGGGCCAUGCUUCUCCUUCGACGUCUUACGCAACAAAUUUGCGAUACAGGUCUCCCCGGCCUUCCCAUCGCACGGCAAGACAGCGUUAUGCGGGCAGCAAUUUUUGACUAUAUCUUCUCAGCUGAGCUUUCCGAACAUCAGAUUUCUGCGGUAGAAGAAUCUUGUUUUUUUACUGAGGCAAUAAAGGGACCACUUCUUCUUGUUCGAGGCCUGAUUGCCGGACGAGUGCUCAUGUUCGCGCUGAAGCAAAAGAGGUGGAGAGUCAACUAUGGCCUGGACGACAGCCGUCUUCCAAAUACGAAACUGGCUGUUCCCUACCGAGCGAAAGACAGCCCGUCACCUAGUUACUACUACAAAGGCCUGUCAGAUGAGGAACUGCUGGCCGCUUUCGACCACUUGAUGAGAUCCGAUCAGGCCGACAUUGAGUAUCAGGAGUGGGUAAGAGACGCUCCAGAACUACCUGGUGCGUUUCGAAGACUGGGCGGUGUCAAUAUCAAAGAUAUCGGCCAGGUCAUCCAGCAGGUCUUCCCGCCACUUCGCUAUGCCAAAGGUGCUAUCGAUUACUUUCUCUCACAUCUUGUGUUCUCGAAAGAGAUGAAAGAAUUUUCACACAAGCUUUCGGCGUCGGGCUGGGACCUCGGGCAGCAAAAGCGCUACCCUACCACGGGUUUCAGCGGGACCAAUGACUCUCGCCACGUCCUUCCACUCGACGUGAAGCAGCUUGACAUCGAAGAGCAGACUCACACAAACGCACUGGUUCUCGAAAACCUGCUACGAGGGGAGAAUAAGGUCCACCUACUGAAGUCACCCGCUCACGGGAUCACGGCAGGUCGAGAUGAGUAUUCUUUCAUCGACAAUUUAUUUACUUUUGUGGCGGACAUUGAAAACGGAAUGCACGUUAUUCUUGAUGUCGGUGCCCAGGUUCUAGAGCUCACAAACGUUGAAGUUGCGAUAAAGUGGCUAGAGCUUCUACCCGAGGGUCAUCAGCAAGAGGCCGUUGUUUAUUUUAACGAUCACGACGACAUUUGCGUCAUUGAUCGGAAAGGAACGGUUGAGAGCCUGUGGACCUCGCCAUACGGCGAUCAGCUUGAUCGAUGCCUUGUCUUCCUUGAUCAAGCCCAUACUCGCGGGACCGACCUUCAGCUUCCCGAAUACUACAGGGCCGCAGUCACAUUGGGCCCAGGUCUCACAAAGGAUGGGCUCGUUCAAGCUUGUAUGAGAAUGCUGAUGCCUCUGUGGGCUAUUCAGGGGUCCCGAUUCGAGCGACAGAAGAAAAUAUGGGCGAAAUGCAAGAAUCCCACGGGUAUCAACAUGUCCCAAGAUCAGGCCGAAGAAUUUCUUGAGGAAGAAGCGCGGACGAUAGAGUACCGAUAUCAGCCGACUACCCACAACGCUGCAAAACAAUCGAAGUUGCAAUUUGGGCGAUCGAGUUUAGAAAGCGAAGGAAACGAGGCAUUGACUGCCAUUCAGUCUCGAUGUGAAGACUUCGGUGUGUCAAACGCUUAUUCGGCCGUUCUUCAAGAAGAACAGGAGAAGAAGUUGGCGCCCGAGAUUGAGCAAGAGCGCGAAGUUCAGCGGCCGGAACCAACUGUCCCGGAAAAGCACGAGAUCCAUCAAGACCUCAUCGACUUUAUUCGCGACGGCACAAUACGCGAAAGGUCACCUUUCUCUCCGGCCUUCCUUGCACUCUCCGAUACGAGCGUGGCCGACACGAUCAACCUGACCCAGUUUCCUGGCUCUCUCCUCGCAACUACCGAUUUUGCACGAACAGUCAAGAUGGAUGCUUCGCAAAAGAAGUUGCCGGGCGCUGGCGACUCCUACCAACGACCUAUUCAAUGGGUCCUCACGAGCUCGUGUACUACGGAGGAAACGAGGGCAGUCAUCAUCAGCCCCCACGAGGCACAUGAGCUUGUGCCGCGAAUUAUGGUAUCCAAGACCGUGAAUCUGCAUAUUUAUACUCCCCGGGCGAGCUUGGCCUUGAAGCCACUGGACGCUUUGAGGCUGUACACAGUGCCGGAGCUGCCUGCGAUCUGGGACCUGCCGGACCACCUGCGACUGCAGCUGAACUUGUUUGCCGGGCAGCUCUACUUUUCGAGCUAUGAGGGUUACAAAAACACCUGUGAGAUGUUGAGCCUAGCUUGGAGGCCACCGUCGGGAGAUGAUGUCGCGGAAGCAGAUGGCUUUAUUCUCUUGGCAUCAGCUGAAAUAAAUGCUGGCAAUGAUCGCCGGGCAACGUUUAGCAAGAGUCCUGUCAAAAGUCUCAAAACUCUCUUGAUGGUUCUGCGUCGCGAUUGCCAGGAAAUUGACAAGACUCACUGGGGCAGGAUCCUUGCCGGGGAGCUACUCACGGAGGCGGAUUUUGACGAAACGGGUAAAAUAGUAUAA